AUGGCGUCGACCUCAGCAGCCGCACUCGGAGGUGCUCUGUCCCAUCAGCGCUCCUCGCAACCACGUCUUGCGUACCCCUCGCCGCUUGACGAUCAAGCGCCUGGCAGCGGCGACGAAUCCGACGAACCACCCUCCUUCUUUGUGCGCGCUCUCUACGACUUUGAGUCACACGAUGCAAGCUCACUCUCCUUUACAAAGGGCGCUUUGAUCGAGGUGCUCACGCAAUUGGAGUCUGGCUGGUGGGACGGAUUGCUCGACAACCAAGUUCGAGGCUGGUUUCCGUCAAACUACGUAGAGCCCGUCUCGAAUCAGGAAGCAGAGCUCGAGCUCAUGUCACGCGCGCAAAUGCACGCGCAAUACAGCUUGGGCCUCUCGCCUCAACCUUCAGCCGAGUCGGAGUCCUAUCCGCGUCUAGGCUUCGGCGCUGGCUUCGAUGGCCUUCAGGCGCUCAUAAAGGGUGACGGAAUCGGCAAUAGCGACGCUUUCAGCCAGCUUGCUGAAGCGGCCAUGCUCGAUCCAACGAGGCGCGUAUUCGAUCCGGCUAGCCCUCAGCUCGCUCAGACGCCCAACAUGCAGCGGUCCGACGCUUCGCCCUAUCGACACAUUCUAUCGUCCGCAGCGUCAGAUCGAUCCGCCAUCCCUCCCUACCCGCGCAGUACCACCACCUCCAUUUCAGAGCAGCAGCUUGCCUUGGACCACGAGCGCGCUAGAGCCGCUUCCGUAUCGAAUCCGCCGCAUGCUAGCUCCUCCGCAUCUCCUUCCCUAGCCGCGGCCGCCGCUGCUGCUGCUGCCAGACCCAGGGCUGCCACUGGCUCGCAAGCUGAUUCAUCCAGCAGUGCCGACGUUUGGAUAUCGAAGACUUCACAGCGAGGGCACACUGUCUUCUACAACACCAGAACCGGAGCCAUUUCUUCGCAAUUGCCCUCGGAUGGCCGCAUUUCCAACAGCGACAUCGCCGAGUCGUCCUCCUCUUCGACCAGCAGAUUGCAGCCUCAGCCCAUGAUUCGUACCACUUCGUCAGGUCAGAACAGCUCGGCCGAUUCGCGCAAAGACCUCUACGACUCGGGUCAUUUGGCUCCAGACCGCAGCAGACCCACUUCGACGGGUGCGAGUGCCGACUCGCGCCCAUCUUCCGCCAAUAGCAGCAACACCGCCAUCUUCUACAACGGCGCCGCACCGGUUCGAGCUCCAAGUUCCAAUACUGCCGACCGCAUACCCGACCUAUCAACGGUACCAAAGCCGUGGCGAUUGCGUCUCACCGAUGACGAAAAGUACUUCUUCUACGUCCAUCGCUCUACCAACGAGAUUCGUUGGAACUAUGCAGAUGCCAAGACGAAGCUCACCAUUCUCUCCAGCGUCACCCCUCGCAAUCGUUCUCCGAGGCAUUCCGGCAUUCCUGCCACCGAACCUAUCGACCAGAGCUCAACGACAGCACCAAAAUUGGGAGCUGGUCUCAAUAUCACUCAAGGAGUGUCGGAGCUGCAGCUCGACUCGGAUGACUCUGACAUCGAUGGCGACAUGAAUCCGCGAUUGCCGGGGAAGCCACCCAAGAUGCCCUCCCCGAGAGGAUCUCAGCGUAUCGGCAGCACAGCCUCGAACCUCGUUGCUUUUGCUCACCAUGCCGUGCUUGCACCGCCCAAGGUGGCCCCUCCUUCGUUGCUGCACGAAGAGACCACCGCCUACGAGCUUCAAAAGGCGCUACAACCGCUUCCGGUCCCACCCGUCAGUUUGCUGGUUCGACGCGCCAACGAGCUCAUUCGAACCUUGGCCGCCAUCGCUACUGAGCAAAUUGGCACCAACGGUCUGGCACAGGCCGAUGUCUCGAUUCGCGGCGCCGACGGCGUCUAUCUCCCGAGGCUGGCGUACGCUACCGCUGAUGUGGUCGCAGCCAUCCGCGAGGUGCUGUAUGCCACAGGCUCGCUGUCGCUCGGCGGCAAUGAUUUGUCGUCUGUUUCCAGGCUUGUCUCAAAGUCCACCUCUCGAGGUGAUUUGACAAUGACACUCACGGACAGCGCCAGUGCCGCCCAAGGCGUCGAUCUCAAUUUGUACUCCAAGGUGCUGCAUACGUUGUACACCUUGCCGCACAGCUCCGAUCCCGCCGUCUUGCACGUCUUUGGCGUCAACCCGAAGGACGGUGCUGCGCCAACGCCGGGAGCGCUGCACCCAGCAGGACGCAAGCUCAACGCGGUCGUGUCCAAGCUCGUCCUAUCCUCGCGACAAGUCAUCGACCAUACCGUCACGCUCGCCUCUUCGCCGACGUCCGGCAUGGAGAGCACCAUGACCGACCUCGACGCCGAUGUGUUCUCAAAGCUCUAUCAGUGUCGGCAACGACUGCGGGAGGAUGCGUUGGAGCUCAUGCGUACGCUUCAGAGCCUUAGUGGCGAGGCUGAAAGGUCUCGCAGCACGGCGCUCGGCGCACCUCACAGUCGUGGAUGGCUGCGCCGGGUGGAAGGCAGCUUUGAAAGCGAUCUUGGUCUGAAUGGCGUUGGUCCGACAUCUUUUGGCACUGGGAUGGCAGCCGGGUGGUUGGGAAACGGCUUCGUGCUCCCUUCCAAGUACGAGACCGCCCUUUUGAAGUCAGGGAGCAAAGCCCGCAGCAAUCCAUUCGAUCAGCGUAGGGAUGUGGAAUCGGCCCUCGUGCGCGGCUUGCUGACUCUGCGACGCAUACCGGAAAAUCGACUAGACCAAACGGUGCUUCAGCAGCUGCAGCAGUCUCUCGCCCCGCUUGACGCGGCCAGAGAAGGGAAAAGCACCUCGCCCUCGAAGGUACUCGCCCAGUUCGGUGCGCUCCAGGCUUUGAUAGAGAGCAUCGAUCUGGCCUCGAGUCUGGACGUGGAUGGUCCGAAUGCCAAAGAGCUGAAGCCGUCGCCCAUCAACGAACGCAAUUCUGCUAAUGCCGCCAAAGCGCGUGACCUGAUGCGUCGCUUUGUGAUCCUCAAACAGACCGCUUACGAUGCUUCGUGCUCCCUGUUCCUUGCCGUGCAGGAGCACGACAGCAAGUCACCUGCCAUCGUGAAGCAGACGAUCAAGCUUGCUAACCUGGCCUCGGCGGUCGUUGGGACGCUCGAGGACAUUGUCAAAGUCGGCGAAGAGCAGCUCAGGGAUGCCUCGCCUUUCCUCGGCGCCCGCGCUUCUGUGUACGGCUCGGAGGACGGCAUCACCAUUCCCUCGGCCGGCGUGUUUUCGCGCAAGAGCAACACCACAAGCAACGGUCUGCACGAAGAGAUCGACGAGAUGGCUCGCUACGACCGAAGCAACCACGACGCCGACGAGGACGAGGAGGCGGAGUUCAUGUACUUGGGUCCUGGUAUCGCCGUGCCGAACGGACCGCGGGCGAGAUCAGGCAGUCGCGCCACAUCAGGUUCGAUGUCCAACUCGCCGGUUACCAGCUUGAACCCGACUCGCGCCGCCUCGACGCAGGCUUCUGGCAGCUACCGCCAACGAUCGACGUCCGUCACUACGGCAUCGGUGCGUUCGAUGUCGUCGGUUACAGAUGCGACUAGUCGGAUCCUCAGUCGUCGAGGCACGUUGGUAGAUGGGCAGACGCCUCAGAGUAUUGAGGAGGACGCAGAGUCUGUGCGUUCGGGCAGCAGCAAGGUGCGCCGGCUGUUGGGUGACGAUGCUCCUCUAUCGCAUAGCAUGACCCACGACAGCGAGAACAGCGCCGGCACUGGAAACACGGCGCCUUCGGGCAUGGCACGACGGAAAGAGGACGAGGUGCCGUGGUUCCUGGAGCCCGACUACAUGGGUGACGACAUUGUCAUUGCUCAGGAUGGCUCGGUCAAAGGCGCUACGCUCGAGGCGCUGCUGGCGCGUCUGACGAUGCACAACUCGUUCGACGCCUCGUUCAACAACACCUUCCUGAUGACCUACCGUUCAUUCACGACCACGCAGACUCUGUUGGAUCUGUUGGCGCAGCGGUUCCGCAUCCUACCCCCGGAAGGGUUGAGCGAUGAGGAGCUGGUGCUGUGGACGGAAAAGAAGCAGACGCCUAUUCGGCUUCGUGUCUUCAACGUGCUCAAGAGUUGGCUCGAGAUGCACUUCUACGAAGGGGAGGACGAGCCGUACCUGGAUCAGGUUCGGCGGUUCGCAGUCGAAGAGAUGGGCGAGGCUCCGGCGAUGAAGGCUCCGUCGCAGCACCUGCAGAGGUUGGUGGAGAGGAGGCAGGGCGAGGGAGAGCAGAUGAUCCGCAAGAUGGUGCUGCCCAACUCUGCGCCAGCGCCGAUCCUACCGAAGAACCUCAAGAAGCUGAAGUUCCUCGAGAUCGACCCGCUCGAGAUGGCGCGACAGCUGACGCUGCUCGAGUCGCGGCUGUACAACGCGGUGAAACCGGCCGAGUGUCUGGGCCUCAAGUGGACCAAGCCGGGCAACGACGUUCACGCCAAAGGCAUCAUGGAGAGCAUCAACACGCACAACCGCAUCUCGGCCUGGGUGGCCGAAACCAUCCUUCAGCAGGAGGACCUCAAGAAGCGCGCUGCGCUCAUCAAGCAUUUCAUCUCGAUCGCCGAUCGGUGUCGUGCGCUCAACAAUUUUUCGGGCAUGUGGGCGAUCGUAUCCGCCUUGUCGACGGCGCCGGUUCAUCGGCUGCGACGUACGUGGGAUGCGGUUUCGCAGAAGCACGUGUUGGUGUUCGAAUCGCUGGAGCAGCUCAUGUCUGCCUCGCGCAACUGGGCCAACUACCGAGAGAUGAUUCACAAGCUCAACCCUCCGUGCGUGCCCUUCCUGGGUAGAUACUUGGGCGAUCUGACGUUCAUCGAGGAUGGAAACCGCGAUCGGUUGAAGGAGAACGAUCAGCUGAUCAACUUUGGUAAGCGGCAGAAGACGGCCGAGGUGAUCCGGGAGAUUACGAUCCAUCAGUCGACGCCGUACAAUCUGGCGGUGGUGCCGGCGUUGGAGAAGUUUAUCGAGCUGCAUCUGGUGGACGCCAGGUCGGCGGAUGAUUUGUACGAGCAGAGUCUGGCGUUGGAGCCGAGGGAGAGGGAGGAUGAGAAGAUUGCCAGGUUGCUGCAGGAAAGUGGAUUCUUGUGA